AUGACCAGAAUAGCGGCUCUGGGAUUAGCCCUGCUUUUCAUCCCCUUAGCCGACGCCAGCACGACCGCCGCGAACAUAACAGAGUCAAAAGUUUCCUGGACACCCGAACCGAAAGAACGAGGGACAUUGGGAAUUCUUUCCACCUGUCUCUUUACCCUCAUUAUCUGCAUCUGGACGGUCGUUCACGAUGUUGUUAUUGUCAACGGCACACCAUUCUCACGACUUUUGUCUAAGGUUCAAUGGAUGCUAUGCGCCUUUUUGGCUCCGGAAUCAGUCAUCUUGGCCGCGCACGAGCAGUGGAGGCAAGCAAAGAUUCUUCAUGCGGAUUUCUACGAGAAACGUCCACUUGAUGGAGGUAGUCCCCGAGACUCAUUAGGCCCGGUGCCCAAAGCGGUUAACAGAAGACUCAUAGCCGAUCGCGAUAAAGCGGAUGGAAUCGGGAAGGCGCUUGCUCUCCUUCAAACCUUUUCGAUGGUGAUCCAAUGCCUCUUGCGCAAGAUUCAAGGCCUGACGGUCACCUUGCUCGAGUUCCACGUUGUCCUCCAAGUGUUGUGUGCGGCCCUGAUAUACUUCUUUUGGUGGUUCAAGCCUCAAGGAGUUAAUGAACCGAUCCCGAUUAUAGAUUCACCUAGCACCACGGAGAGGGAGGACCGUCGGGGAGAGGCCGAAGAGAUCCCGAUUUCCCUCAGUCCCAUAGAUAUGAAGGUCCCUGGCGAGGUUGUGGUAGAUAUCCCAACAUCUAGCGCCACGGAUGAGGCCGAGGGAGCUACUACACUGGCACCGCCUGGGCUGUUUAGCCGGUCCACUCUGGACGAAAUCCGGAAGCGUUUGAAAGACUGGAUAUCUGAUGGCAAGAAUAAUUGGCGUUUCGACCUGGAAAUUUUAGACGAUCCCCACACAAUAGAUUUCGCCACUUACUCUAUAUACGGUGCGUUACAUAGCAUUGCGUGGUACAGCAGUUUCCCGACACCGAUCGAGCAGCUCUUAUGGCGGAUAUCCUGUGUUUCCCUUGUCGUCACCCCACUCUUAUUCGCAGCUCAGACCAAACUAGUGAUCAAGUUUGACUUAAUCAGCCCUUUUAUGUUUUCACUGGCUGUAAUCCUCCUUGUCUAUUUAAUUAUCUGUAGAGCAUACUUGACUAUUGAAUGUUUCAUCAGUCUCAGGCUCCUCCCAGUCAACGCAUAUGACACAGUUGUCUUUGAGAGGAUCUGGCCUAGUCUAUAG